GCUAAAGUAUUGUUUUAUAUGGUGAUGGAAACUCUUCCCACUUGAAUCAUGCCAAGUACAAAGAAAAGAUAUCAGAUUCAGCAGGGUUGACUUGCAUGUUCUGAGGCAUAUAGGACUUGUAGAGUUGAGAGCUCUAGGGAAGAUUAAGCAACCAGAAAUGGAGUUUCCUGCAUCAGAAAAUCGAAAGCCUCACGCAGUGUGCAUACCAUUUCCAGCUCAGGGUCAUAUAAAUCCUAUGCUAAAACUCGCGAUGCUUCUUCACCAUAAGGGCUUUCACAUAACGUUUGUCAACACCGAGUUCAACCAUAGGCGCUUGCUCAGAUCAAGAGGCCUCAACUCACUUGAUGGCCUGCCUGAUUUCUGCUUCGAAACAAUCCCUGAUGGUCUGCCUCCCUCUGACGAAAAUGUCACACAAUCUGCCCUUUCCUUGUUCUUGUCAACACCUAAAAAUUGCUUAUCCCCAUUACGCCAGUUGCUGGUGAAGCUCAACUCUACAUCUACUUCUGGACCACCAGUCAGUUGCAUAAUACCAGAUUCGAUCAUGAGCUUCGCUGUCAUAGCUGCCAAAGAGAUCGGUGUCCCUUGUGCGUGUUUUUCAACUUCACCUGCUGCUAUCUUCUUGCUGAGCUUAAGCUACAGACAACUUGAAGAAAAAGGCCUUUUACCACUGAAAGGAGAUGGAAGUUCUUUGAAUGAUCAGAUGAGCACCACUAUCAAUUGGAUUCCAGGAAUAAAGCAUAUCCAAAUUAAAGAUUUUCCAGGUUUCUUCCAUACAACUGAUUCCAAUGAUCCGAUGCUUCAGUUCCUCGUUACUGAAGUAGAAAGAUGCACGACAGCCUCAGCAAUAAUCUCCCACUCUUUUAAUGCUCUAGAGUCCGAUGUUCUAAGUGCCCUCUCAUCUAUUUGUCCACCAAUCCAUGCCAUAGGCCCUCUUCAGUUGCUCGUCGACCAACUUCCAGAAAAUAAUUUGAAGUCAAUUGGAUCCAACUUAUGGAAAGAAGAUGCAGAAUGUCUAAAGUGGCUUGAUACGAAGGAAACAGAUUCGGUUAUUUAUGUCAGUUAUGGAAGCAUCACAGUAAUGACACCUGAAAAGCUAGUAGAAUUUGCAUGGGGGCUUGCUAGUAGCAACCAAAACUUCUUGUGGAUCAUUAGGCCUGAUUUGGUAGUUGGUGAGGCUGCAGUAUUGCCUGCUGAAUUCCUCGAGGAAACCAAAGACCGAGGUCUCAUAGCAGAAUGGUGUUCACAAGAACAAGUUCUUAAUCAUCGAGCUGUUGGUGGUUUUUUGACACAUUGUGGAUGGAAUUCCAUGUUUGAAAGCCUAUACAGCGGCGUCCCCAUGCUCUGUUGGCCAUUUUUCGCUGAUCAAACGACUAACUGCAAGCUGGCUUGCAAUGACUGGGGUGUCGGUAUAGAGCUUGAUAAAAAUGUUACAAGAAAUGCAGUGGAGUUGCAUGUCAGGGAACUGAUGCAAGGAGAGAAAGGCAAGGCAAUGAGGAUCAAGGCGACGGAGUGGAAGAAAAAGGCAGAGGAGGCAGUUGCAUCAGAUGGUUCGUCGUCCUCUGAUCUCGAAAAAUUAGUGAAUAAGGUCUUAUUGUCCAAACCCUGAAGCCAUUUUGAUUUGAAAAGACAACAAUGCAUGAGUAAUUCAAAUCAGACCUUCUGUUAUUCGGUAUCAAUCUCUGUUUUCCCGGAAUAAUACCUUCUAAGGAUUUGAAUUUUAGUUGACAGAAGUGUAACAAAUUUCACAAAUUUU